AUGAACAGAAGCAACUUUUGGAGAUCAUGUGGAGACAUUGCCAGGGUGACCAAAGUAAAGACCAAUCACUUCUGGGAUUCAGUAUCGCUGAACUCAACAGAUCUCACCAGAAUUUUUAAGGUUCAAAGUGCCACAGUCGAGAACGUCACAAUCGAGAUCAUUGGGAUCAAAGACACCAAGAAGACUGAAACAGAGGUGGAUGCACAGAUCGGCAGCGGAGAGGUGCAGUCCUUUGUGGUGACUUCAUCCCUGCUGGCAAAAGCGUUUGGUGUCAGACUGGAGGGCGACUUUGAGGACAGACUGCUGGAGAAAAUGCCGUUCUCAGCAGAUGUAGAAAUAAAGGGAAACAAGAUCAUGAAGAUUGAAGCGAAGGAGAAGUAAAGAUGAGUUCCAGUGUUCAGG